AUGGAGGAACAAGCACAAGCUUCUUCUACUACUAUUGCUGAAGAUACCACUGAAUAUAUUACUGAAAAUACCACUGAUGAUACAACUGAUCAUAUGUCUAAAAGUGGCAAACAUGAUACUAGCACUGUUUACACCUAUAGUAAAAAUUUUGAUGACCUAAUGUCUGAUGAGAGAUUGCAUAAUUUUACUACCACAAAAGAUGGUCAGUCGAAACCCGUUAUUUUAAUGAUAAGUGAUGGUGGUCCUGAUGAGAAUCUGCAUUAUAAGAAGACAAUCCAGGUGAUGAUUGAACACUUUAUAAAAUAUGAUCUUGAUACAAUCAUAGUAGUAUGUUUUGCAUCGUAUCAAAGUACAUCUAAUCCUGUUGAGAGGCAAAUAGCAUCUUUAAGUCACGAUUUAGCCAGGAUAAUACUUUCUCAUAAUACUUUUGGGUCACAUUUAGAUAAUCAACUAAAAACAGCUAAUGAAGAACUAGAAAAAAGUAAUUUUAAAAUGGCAGGAGAGAUUUUGGCUUCUGUGUAG